GGAGGGUGAACGUUGCGCGUGUGUGUUUCCGCGGGAAUUCGCUCGACAAAACAUAACCUCUUCGCGUCAUAAAAAAAGACUAUAAAGUUUUAAUUAGUGUUCUAGAGUGAAGUUAUAACGUGACGUUUUAACAAUAAGUGUUUGUGUGGUGGUUUGUUUAUCAAGAUUACUGUUUUGGAGUCUUUGGAAUAUAUUUAAACCUACUUAAAAGCGAUGACGCAAGGAAUAAUAUUAACCAUAAAAAUGAGAUAAAUUACUCGUAAAAUGACAGAGGAGAUCGUGAAAACGAUACUCCCGUCAUAUUUUGUGGAAACGUUUAGAAGCAAGAAGAAAUUAUGUGCGAAUCCAGCGAAUUUUAGAAGGAGACGAGAAAUUAUUCGAGUUUGUGAUCAAAAUGAAGUCAUGCAAUGCAAGCGUGUGGACAGUGCUCAAACAUUCGAGAUUAAAAAGACUCAAAAAGGCGUUAAAAACUUAAAAGUAUCAGUGUUGUUAUCAUUCCUCGUUUUCUAUGUAUGUGUAGUCAAUGUUAUAACAGUGUGUGAUGUUAGUAUUAAUAGUAGUGUACAUAACAAUAAGUUUAAAGGCAAUUUCAAUUUAAAUGAUUUGAUUGCGAGCAAGCUGCGUGAUGCUAAGAAAGCUUCCAAGGAAGGUGUACAAAAUGAUGAUACACUAAAUAAAUACUCUAGCUCCAAUGCAUACAAAGUGAAGGAUUAUUAUUCCAAUUUGACGAUAGGUCCUGAUGCUAUCGGACUCAAAAGACAUACAUAUGAUAUGUCAUGCGCUGUUGGAUUUCCGCACGAUUUGGCAUCACAGCCAUUCUGUGUGAAAGAAACUAACUUCAAUCUGAGACCAGAAAUGCAUCAAUUUCACGAUAAAAUUGUGAAAUUGGGUGUUUUAUUACCUGCUGAUCCGGGUGAUAUGUUUUCAUUGGCUAAAGUACUGCCGAUAGUCGAAAUGGCUAUACCAGCGUUAACUAAAGAAGAUGGACCUUUGCCUGGGUGGAAAAUAUUAGUCGAUUAUAGAGAUACAAGAUGUUCGUCAGUAGACGGACCCCUUGCUGCUUUCGAGUUUUACGUCAACGGUUCCGCUGAUGCCUUCAUUGGUCCGGGAUGUGAAUAUGUGAUAGCACCAGUGGCGAGAUACGCUGGUCUCUGGCGGAUCCCCGUCAUCACGGCUGGAGCUCAGGCCGAGGCUUUUACCUACAAGCAUCCAACAUACAUGACUCUCACUCGAAUGAUGGGCAGCUACACGCAAGCCGGCGUGGCAAUACGGAAGAUAUUCGAGGAAUUCAAGUGGAAAAAGAUCGGCAUGUUAUACCACAAUCACGUGAUGUCAGCUGGCAAAGGGAACAGCCCGUGCUUUCUGACUCUGAGUGCAAUCUUCACAGUACUCGGGAGGAAAGCGUACCCACCACCCAUUUCCUUUGACGAAACGAAUUACACUACAUCAUCGCUUAAGGAACACCUCCAAGCCUUAUCCUUGGCAUCUAGAAUUGUGGUCGUUUGCGCGAGUCCUAACACUGUGAGAGAAAUAAUGCUGGCCGCAGAUGACUUGAACAUGGUGUCUUCGGGGGAAUACGUUUUCUUCAAUAUAGAACUGUUUUCCAACUUGGCUUCAGCAUCUUCCAAAGAGCCGUGGAAAGUGGAGGGGGAUACAGAUGAAAGAAACGAGCGAGCGAGACGGGCAUAUAGCGCUGUUCUCACUGUCACCAGCCCGGCGCCUGAGAAGAAAGAGUAUUUGGAAUUUUCUGAUAAGGUCAAAGACUUGGCCGCUACGAAGUACAACUACACGUUCGGCAAAGGCGAGGUGGUGUCUACGUUCGUAGCUGCGUUCUACGACGCGGUGCUGCUCUACGCGUUUGCGCUGAACGACACGCUACGCCAGGCGGCUGAUCCAAGAGGACAGCUGGAUGGAGCCGCGGUCAUUAGAAACAUGUGGAAUCGGACGUUUCAAGGGAUCACAGGAGAGGUGAUAAUAAACGAAAAUGGCGAUCGUGUGGCAUCAUACUCACUCCUCGAUAUGAAUCCUACUACGAGCAAAUUUGAGGUAGUAGCUACAUACAUAGCCGCGAACGCGUCUCUACAGUUCGUCGAAAACCGGCCGAUCCACUGGGCGGGCGGGCGGACCAGCCCCCCGCCGGACACGCCGCGCUGUGGCUUUGAUGGCUCCUUGUGCCCUGAUAAUUCUCUACCAGUGUAUGCGAUCCUCUCUAUCGUUCUGAGCUCUGUGGUCGUGAUCUUGGCAAUACUGUCCGUGUUUAUUUAUAGGCACUACAAGCUAGAGGCAGAAAUAGCGAUGAUGACGUGGCGUGUGAGUUGGAGCGACGUCCUAAUACCCGGGGGCAGGCUCAGGGGCAGCCUGCACUCGCUCGUUCGAAGGUAUAGCACUGGGACUGCAUAUUCCGAUGAAGCAAUUUCCCUGGCUGGCGACCGUCAAAUAUACGCCCCUUGCGCGUUUUACAAAGGCUGCCGGGUCGCUGUCAAAAAGGUUGACAAACAACGCAUAGAUCUCACCCGACCACUACUAUUAGAACUAAAAAAGAUGAAAGAUCUAGAACACGAUCAUUUGGCUCGAUUCUUUGGUGCGUGUGUAGAUCCACCCCACUGCUGUAUAUUGACUGAAUACUGCCCGAAAGGUUCCUUGCAAGAUAUCUUGGAAAAUGAUACAAUAAAACUCGAUUGGAUGUUCAAAGUCAGCUUGAUGCAUGAUAUCGUGCGGGGCAUGCAUUAUCUACACGGUACAGAUAUAAGAUCUCACGGAGCGCUCAAAUCAAGUAACUGCGUAGUGGAUUCUAGAUUUGUACUGAAAAUCACAGAUUUCGGCCUAAAUGCUUUGAGGGUGUCUGAAAAGGACGCAAGGGCUCAUAGCUAUUGGACACGACUCCUGUGGACCUCCCCCGAGCUCCUCCGCACAGCGUCCCCUCCCCCCGAGGGCACGCAGAAGGGAGAUGUGUACUCCUUCGCGAUCAUCAUGCACGAGAUUGUGAACAGGCAGGGGGUCUUCUGGCUUGGACCUGGCAUUGAAAUGUCGCCGAAAGAAAUCAUAGAAGCCGUAAUCAGCAGUGGCAUGCGUCCAAACACCACCCAUCACCGAUCUUGUGAAGCAGACGAUGCUACAGAACUCAUGCGCCGAUGCUGGGCAGAAGACCCUACGGAGAGACCCGACUUUGGCCACUUGAAACACGCUAUACGACGGUUAAAUAAGUCACAAGAGAGCAGCAACAUCCUAGACAAUCUGCUAUCACGUAUGGAACAAUACGCCAAUAAUUUGGAGUCACUAGUCAGCGAGAGGACGCAAGAUUAUUUGGAGGAAAAGAAAAAAUGUGAAGAACUGCUGUAUCAGUUACUGCCUAAGUCAGUAGCAUCACAGCUAAUCAACGGGCAGUCCGUAGUAGCGGAAACGUUUGAACAAGUGACCAUAUACUUCUCGGAUAUAGUUGGCUUCACCGCACUGUCUGCGUCCUCCACGCCGAUGCAAGUUGUCGAUCUGCUCAACGAUCUGUAUACGUGUUUCGAUUCGAUCGUCGAGAACUAUGAUGUUUAUAAGGUGGAAACCAUAGGCGACGCAUACAUGGUGGUCUCCGGUCUACCAGAACGAAAUGGUACGAGACACGCGUGCGAAGUCGCGCGCAUGGCACUAGCUUUGUUGGACGCGGUUCGACGCUUCAGGAUACGGCAUAGGCCGCAGGAUCAGUUGAAAUUGAGGAUUGGAUUGCAUUCUGGCCCCUGCGUAGCCGGUGUAGUCGGUUUGAAGAUGCCAAGAUACUGUCUCUUCGGAGAUACAGUGAACACAGCAUCCAGGAUGGAGUCUAAUGGAGAAGCUCUGAAGAUCCACGUCUCUCCUACCACUAAAGCUUUGCUAGAUACGUUUGGGACGUUCAAAUUGGAGUGUAGGGGAGAGGUUGCUAUGAAGGGCAAGGGAAUUCUAGUCACGUAUUGGUUGUUGGGCGAACUGGAGACCGCGCCUAAGGAAAAACCUUUAGUUAAAUUACAGGCGCAAUCAAUCAAUAGCGGAUCUCUAUCGCACUUGAGCCCGUUUAGGCAGAAAUUGGACAAUAGUUCAAGAUCGUCCAGUCGACGAGGUUCUGGGAUAAUCCAGCAAAAGACUGACGUCAUGAAGUUGGAGAAAGAAGCACAGCCGUUGCUCCAAGUGGUCAAAAUGCAAAGGCAACUAUCGGAUCCAACAGAACCAGUUGCUAAUGGCGACCACAAUGAAGACACGGAUAAAUUCAGCGUCACAAACUCCAUAUCUUUGAACGUGAAUUCCUUGAACCACAAUUCUGUGAAUCAGAACAGCCAUCCGAAAGUUAAACUGAAGGAUUGUCAACUAAAUUCAAUAAACCAUCUUUCGAAAAUAGGGAAUAAUAACUGGUUGCCAAAAUUGGCGACAGCUAAUUCGUUCGACAACGGAAUAAAGAAGGGAAACCAGUGUCUUAAGGACUAUAGCAGUGUUCCUUUAUUGUCCAAAACGGAUAAGCCCAAUGAUUCGGUUGUGUGAGUGAAUGAACUUUAGGAUUCGUGACUUAUAGACUUCCUUAUGUAUAUUAAGAUAGUAACAUGUAUUAGACGAUAGCCCUCUUAUAGAAGUAGAUAAUGUACUGAUAUUUAGAUGGGCAUUUAAAUGUAUCAGAGAGCUAUAGCUCUUUCUCUCUCUGUAGAAAAUAAUGACGGUAGUUUUUGUUUCUAAAAAAAAAAUGUCUCAGUCUAUUUUCUAAGAUGCUUUCAGAAACUGUGGUAUCUCUAAAGAUUUCGUGUUAGAAUUUUGACAAAUGAAUGGUAACUUACCAUGACAUACUACAGGAAAUGAAAGAUGUGUAGACUUAUUUUCGACUCUAUUGUUAUAGGAAUAAAAUUGUAAAUACACUAUUAGUCAGUCUUAAACUAGGGUAUAUUUGGCAUUACUGCCGUCUGGUCUAAAUAAUUCGUAGUCAGUGCGUAUUAAUAUUUUUAGUACUUAAAUAUUUUUAACGAAUGUAAAUAUGUUUGAAGAGAUCGAUGUUAUUAUUAAUGUUUCAAUUUUGAAAAUUAUAUUGUAUAGUGUCGUUAUAAAAUGAUGAAAUUUAUUUGAGUAAAAUGUCUUUUUGGCCUAAGAAAAACAAUAUUCUUUAAUAAAACGAAUUGCUAAUUAACUUGAAAUGAGAAGAGGGUAUGUGCCGAGCACACGUGUCAGAAGUGAAACUUCUUUGGAAAACUUCAAAGAUACCAAAUUCGUCGCCUUAUUCCACGACGGGUAUUGCCAUGACGCGACCUUGAAAUUUUACUCACAACGGGCCUGAAGAAGUUUCACUUCAAAAAAACUGAAGUCCCAUGGCCCAUGGUUAGGGACAAAUCAUUAUAUUUUAUAGUUUCCGCCGAGAAUUGAACUUAAAACCUUUCAGUCAAUAUUAACAACUGAAUCAAAGAGACGAUUAAGUACAUAGUUAGAUAAAUAAUAAAAAUGGCUGUUUAUUUUUAAUUUACAUCAAAUUAAUGGAUUUAUUUUCGAUUUUGCUUCGUGACAAUUACAUAUUUAAAUGUAAAUAAAUAAUAUAAUAAAUAAUAACUAUAGAAACCGGUGUAUGUAUUUCAUUAAUAAAAAUAAUAUUAGUUUGUGAGUCUGGUUACAGUUAAUGCAAUAUUGAUUUUAGUUAUUAAUUAAAAAAAAUAUGACAUUUUAUUUCAAGGCGUGUGUUUAAAUUGUAAUUUUUUUUUUUAAUUUUAGAACAAUGAAUUCCGAUCAAUUUUGAUAUCUUUUGGAUUGUAAUGCAAUCUUUGUUUUUUUGUUUACACUUUUGAUUUUCAAUCUGCAUAAUUUUGUAAAAUUUGAAUAAUUAUUGUUUUUAACACAGUCUUAGCGAAUCAAAACUUAAUAUGACAGUACUUAAUUAUCUAGUAUUUAUUUACUUUCUAAGUAAUGAGACUAUGUAUAUAUUAAGAUUUAUUUAUUACGGUAAUUUUACCUUUUGUGAUUU